AUGUUUAAGGUGUUCACGCUCAACGUGAGCGCCGGCAAUCUCAGCGCUUGGGCCCCAGCAGGCUUCUCUCUCCUUUCAAAGUACGAGGCAAUCGUGGAGCUAAUCAAGCACCACUCUCCGCAGCUCAUCAGCCUGCAGGAGCUGGAUAGCCAGGCCGCCAAGUACUUCAUCGCCGCGCUGGGCUCGGCGGCUGAUGCCGGCUGGCAGCACCUGACGCAGGCGGAGAGCCACUGCCACAGCACGCACAUCUGGGCCGCCGCCAGCCUGCAAGCCAAGCCCAAACGGUCUGUGGGGCCGGUGGCGAUAGCCCAGAUCCAGCUGACGGGCGACGACGGCUGCUUCUACUUUGCCGGCUGCCACCUGGAGCCGUAUGCGCAGGGCGCGUGCCUCCGGCUGCAGCAGAUCGCCGCGACGCUGCGCAGCCUGCCGCCGCGCUGCCGCCUCGUGCUGGCCGGCGAUUGCAACAUGCGCAACGCGGAGAACAGCAGCGUCGAGGCGCUGGGCCUGGGCGACGCCUUCAAGCAGGCAGGCUCGCCCCCCUCACACAGCUUCACCUGGAACAGCACAAUCAACAAGUACCACGGGGCCGACCAGCGCGCCUACACCGGCCGCUACGACCGCAUCUACCUCAGCGGCUUUGUGGCCACCGAGCUUCAGAUGGUGGCCAACCAGCCCAUGACGCCCGGCCACGCAGACUACCUGUCAGACCACUUUGGCCUGGUGGCCACCGUGCAGCUGCUGCCGCAGCAGGCAUCCUAG